UAGGCCAGAAUGAGUUUAAAACUUUAUGUAAAUUUCUUAAUCGUGUGAGGUAUUUUUUUAGGUAUUUUCGUGUCCCAGUAACAGAAGCUUAUCGCUCAAAAAUAGGCUGACACAACUCAUACCUCUACACCUGUCUUGUUUGCAUUCCGAAUUCAAAUUUGGCCACAUGACGUCAUUCGGUAACGAGGCAGACCGGCGUGUGGCCUAUUAUCAAAGCUCGGGAAGUGUUGCCGGAGUCUGUGAGUCUCUCUGCGUUAUAUCACUGAGGAAUCUCCUAAAGAUCUCAUUAUCUCUAUUAGAAACUAUGGUCCUUCAACGGUGUUUGGCCUGUAACUCAGUGAGGGCUGACUUGCGCAUAUCAUGUGUAUGUGGUCACGUGUUUGAGCAUUCUAAGCUCAUUGGCGGAAAACGAUUUUCAGAAUACCGAGUGGAGCUAUAUUCUCGUUUGGAAAACAGACGAAUGAAAAGACUCACAAGAGAAAAGAAGAGGAAAAAAACAGAACCGCCUAAGGAAACACAACUCAAGAACAACACAGCGAUUGAUGAAACAGCUUCCGCACAUCCCCCGCGUGAAGUUAAGGCGUCACACACAUCCGGCAGAUCGGGUUUGGUACACCGACGAAUGAAAACCAAAAGAUUUUCACACACAACUGGCUCUGUACCAAGAAAAACGGUCGUGCCCCCAGAACUAGCGUCUAGGCUUCCAAGUGCUCUUCAAGAAAUUAACAGAAGAUUGACUGGACAGAAUCUGACGUGGUGGACAAUACACUUGCUGCAGUAAAACUUCGGACAACGAUCCUUCUAAUUGAACUUCUCAACGUAAAACAUUUUGUAUUGCCAACUGGCCACGGGGAAGAGUAGGACCAAAAGCCACCAAUGAAAUCAACGAACUACCUCAAGACAACAUCGAUAUUGUUAUAUUAUCUGUCCUCUAACGGGCCCAGUAUUUUUCAGACUAACUGAAAAACCCUGCACGUGCAGCGAGGUGAUUGAAUUUCCCUGGUGGAGGAGGGGAGGUACUAAGCCAAGUUUAUAGGGAGGGAGUUUCGUUCCGAGAUCAAACCUCGAUUCCCUUUUACACAAUUUGGACCAACACUAUUGUUACCCCGCUCAAUGUUCGAUGAGCCCCUUUUUACUCACUUAUUUGAUGCGUUCCCUCACAAAUUAAACGCUGGUCCUUCGGUUCAAAAGCUUCUCUUAUCUUUUCUAGACCCCAAAGAAUGAGUUCAGGUCCUUUUUUUUUAACCGGCUCCAGCCUGAUAAAGGUACAGGUACCUUUUUGAGCGGCGAAUUAUCUUAAAGCUCCUUUAAAUGGAGAAAUCCCCAGCAGUAUUCAUAGCGAGCGUAACAGGAGGUGGGUGGGUUAGGAUCAUUCAACGUUGUAUAUAAUUUCUUUUCAGUUUUAAUGGCAGCUGAUGGGUGGGAUAAUUCGUACUUUUUUCUUAGUUUUAAAAAGACCAAAGCAUUUUAAACGACACGGGGCUUAUCAAAGCAAAAAUGACUGACUAAAGGUGGGAGGUUGUUGUGUUGCUGUCUCUAGGUGUCAGUACAAAACCCUUUCGCGUCAGUUCGCAACAUACUGUUAUUUCAGCUAAAUAAAUAAACAGACACUUCAGUAUAA